AUGGCUAAGAUCAUCUUUCACGGUAAGGACUCUCUCCUUGCCCCUAAUUUUGAUUCCUCAAGUUUUGAUAACAACAAUCAUGCUAGGAAUCAAUUGAUUAGUAACAACAUUAAUUUUGAUUUGAAACAUUAUAGUAGGUUUGAUGUGCUGGUACGUGUUAUUCGGAGUGACAGGAAUACCUAUGUGGAGGAUCCUGAGGAUUCGAAAAAUUAUGAGGAGCAAAAAUUAAGGUUUGUCUUGAGGGAUAAAGGUAAGGAUAUUGAAAACUUAAUGGAGGAGAAUGGUGGUGCUGAAGAGGCAAGGGUGAAGCUGGUUGAGAAAUUGUGGACUUUUGUUGUGAAUAGUGAAAUUGUUGUGUUGGUCGGUGCGGGGUUGAGUUGUGGAUCAAGUGGCGAGAUUUCGGUGAAUGUUGGAAUUGCCUGUGAAAGGACUCAAGGGUUUGGAACUGCUGUCAUUAAUAAAUCGAUGAAUGUUGGGCCAGAGGCCGUGAAUUUUGGGUUGGAGGCUGUGAAAGGGUGUUAUAAUUUGAGCUGGGACUUUCACGAUGAUGACGACAAUGCUGUUGAGAAUAUUAGUCAUGGGAAGAAGGAUUUGAAGAUAGAAAGUGAUGGGAAGGGUGUUACUUCUGAUUCUAAAACUGAUGGUGGUGAUAAACCAACGAAGGUGGAUCAUGAAAGGAAUGUGGCACUCAAUCUAGUGUUGUUGCAACUACAUGACGACAGGCCCCCUGCAGAUGCAGCGACAACAAAGCCCGCGGGGGGUGAUUCCAAUGCCCCUGAGCAGGAUGCCCCUGCACCAUCGACCAUCAUUCGGCUAAGGACUUGGCCCGAUGGUUUGCACCAACCCCAAUGCUCUAAGUCGCUGGAGCAUGAGGAGACAUUGGCGGAGACCUUCAAGUAUACCCAUACUUUGAAGGCAAACAAGGAGAGAUUUGCCGACGAGCGGUCUGCGGCCAAUUAUGAGGAGUACACACAGAGGUUGGAGGCCGCAACCCAGCAACCUCAACUGUCUAGUGGGGCCGAUGAAGCCAGCUCCGAGACCUUGGUGGUGGAUUCUAAUAGGAUUUGGCGUGAGACUGCCUCUAAACCCACAAGAAUUGCCACUUCGGGUUGGGGUCAUUCUUCGCUAGUGGCCUCCGCUCCUCUGCAUUGGUGGCUUCUUCUGCGUCUGCCUCUGCCACCAGCCCUGCUGAUCCUCAGGAAGUUGUCAACCUGA